UAUAUAGUCUGGGUACUGUUCGACGACGCCCUCCACUUUCACUUUCCCUCUUUGAAUGAAUACUGGCCAGCCAGAGAAGAGAACUUUGAACAGUCAUCGUCUCCCCCAGAAGCCAAAUCGCCUCCAGGAAGGCUCUGAGCUCCGUCUGAAUUAAUAGGAAUGUCUCGUUUGUAGGUUGAACUGGCAGUGAACCUCAGCUUUUAGUCACUUUCCCUACCAAAGUAAAGCUGCUAUCUUCAACUCUGGAAGCUGCCUCUUUAGUCACAUACGACUUUUGUGGGUUUUGCAUCUUGAGUUUCUGGUUGGGUCCUCCUUGGCCUAUCAAUUCAAUGCCUUCGCCUUUCUCACCUCAGUGGCAAGAUAGAGCUACUGGCUUAUUUUCUUCUUCAGGGGUGAAGCUGAAAGAAGCAGGGCAUAAUGCUAAAGGCAAUGUCGCAGAAGUGGCGGAACGAGUCGGCUCCAUUGUUAAGAGUCGAUGGGCCCUCUUACAGCAGCCGUCGACCAGACAUGCAGUGCAGGAGCGACUUAUUGAAGCUGCUGCAUCAACUGGGUCAUUUCUAAGGAAGGGUAUCUCCGAGACUAAGGAUAAAGUCUCUGUUGGCAAGACAAAGGUGGAAGAGGUAGCAAAAAUAACUGCACAGAGAAGUAAAACCAUAAUGACAGACAUUGAAAGGUGGCAGAAGGGAGUUGCAAGCACUGAUGUAUUUGGGGUCCCUAUUGAAAUUACAAUUCAACGGCAACAGUCGAGUGUGCUUGUCCCCCAUAUCUUGGUGAAGUGUGCUGAUUACCUUGUCUUAUCAGGGUUAAACUCGCCAAACUUGUUCAAGGCUGAAGGAGACAAGAAGGUUAUUCAGCAGUUGGUCUCAUUAUACAACAUGGAUUUGAACACGUCAUUGCCUGAAGGCACAAAUCCACUGGACGUAGCAACCCUAGCAAAGUGUUACCUUGCGAGUCUUCCUGAGCCUCUGACAACUUUCAGGCUUUACGAGGAGAUCAGAGGUGCUCGUUCGAGCAUAAAUGCGAUGAGGAACAUCCUAAAGAAGCUUCCUAACGUGAAUUACAUGACCCUUGAAUAUAUAACGGCCCUGUUGCUCCGUGUCAGCCAGAAGUCUCUUGUUAACAAGAUGGAUGUCCGAACCCUUGCAAUGGAGAUGGCCCCGGUGAUUAUGUGGCAGGAAGGGCAAAAGCUGGAGUUCUAUAAGCAGUAUUGGAGUGAUUGGCAGAAGACUCAACAGAACCAAAACGAGAUGCCUAGUUACACUGCUUGGGAUAUGCUCGAAGAAGAAGAUGGAACUGUCGACCCAAUUCCCUUGGACGAUGGUGCCCCAAUAGAUUAUGGCGCUAUUGAGGUCAUUCAGUGCCUCAUAGAGCAUCAUAACGCGAUCUUCACCGAUGCAAACGAGACGGUUUGGAGGUGACCCGGAGAAAGAUGUGCUUUUCCUGUAUAGUUUGGGCGCUAAACUCUUUCAUCGGGCAGACAAAAGUUCUUUUUGAGUCGAAGAUGAUUUUGGGAUGUGGUUACUUAUUGUACAUUCUGUAAUGAAAAUAGAGAAGUUUAAUCUGAUUGGAUUUUGUCAUCUUCCUUUUAGAAGUUGGGUUUGGCUUC